AUGCUGUCCGAGGAAGUGAAGGUAAACCUCUACAACUUGCCAUGGCUGUGCGGUGCGAACCACGUGCUUGAACCCUUCGGCUACGGCGCGUACCACGUCGCGGUGGAGGCAAAGUGGAAGCUGGUACUUGAUCUACACAAUUUUCCGCUGCACCCUUGCACCGGCAUAUGGCAAUGCAGGCCGGGGGCAAAGGGCCGGCCAGCGCACGCGUUCGUCUUCAAGACGCCGCUCAGUCGCUCUGAGAUUCGGCAGCUCCUGCGCCAGAUGCAGUUCGAAUGGCGUGCCGAUGACUACUGCAUCAUUCGGCAGAACUGCAUACACUUCAGUGCCGCGUUCUGCGAACGACUACAUGUUGGCCCUUUUCCGUCCUGGGCUUUGGCACUGCCCACGGCAUUGCACUGGCUCCCGGACGCAAUGGGUGGGGCGCUUGUAGCGAUCCAGCGUCGACAUGCCCAAGCACGCAGCGAAGCUUCCCGCUACGAGGUCUUAAAAUGUUAUCAGUUCGCCGAGCGAGUAAGUGCAAGUCCACCUCGAGCAGAUCUGCUUGACUAA